GCCGUAGCCUCCUCCGGCGGCAGCGGCGGUGCCCGCCGGCCCCAUGGCGGCGGAGCCCCAGCCCAAGGCGCUGACUCGCAAGCCCCUCCUGCUCAACAAAGUGGAGGGGUCGCAGGAGGUGGUGAACAUGGCAGCGAUAGUGCCCAAGGAGGACGGAGUCAUCAGCGUCUCCGAAGACAGAACAGUUCGUGUGUGGCUGAAGAGAGACAGUGGGCAGUACUGGCCCAGCAUAUACCAUGCAAUGCCAUCUCCAUGUUCAUGCAUGUCUUUUAACCCGGAAACCAGAAGGCUGUCCAUAGGUCUAGACAAUGGUACAAUCUCAGAAUUCAUUUUAUCAGAAGAUUACAACAAGAUGACACUAGUGAAAAGUUACCAGGCUCAUCAAAGCAGGGUCAUCAUGAUUCUGUUUGUCCUGGAGAUGGAGUGGGUGCUGAGCACCGGACAAGACAAACACUUCACGUGGCACUGCUCGGAGAGUGGCCAGCGGCUGGGGGGGUACCGCACCAGCGCGGGCGCCUGCGGCCUGCAAUUUGAUGUGGAAACCCGGCAUGUGUUUGUUGGCGACCAUUCUGGGCAAGUCACUAUCCUGAAACUAGAGCAAGAGUCCUGCAGCCUUGUUACCACAUUUAAGGGACACACAGGUGGUGUCACUGCUCUCUGCUGGGACCCAAUACAGCGAGUUUUAUUCUCAGGCAGUUCUGAUCAUUCCAUUAUAAUGUGGGAUAUUGGAGGAAGAAAAGGAACAGCCAUCGAGCUGCAAGGACAUAAUGAUAAAGUUCAGUCUCUCUCCUAUGCUCACCACACCCGGCAGCUCAUCUCCUGUGGUGCAGACGGGGGAAUCGUUGUCUGGAACAUGGAUGUUGAGAGGCAGGAGACCCCAGAGUGGCUGGAUAGUGACUCCUGUCAAAAAUGUGACCAGCCUUUCUUCUGGAACUUCAAGCAAAUGUGGGACAGUAAGAAAAUAGGCCUCAGGCAGCAUCACUGCCGGAAGUGUGGGAAAGCCGUGUGCGGGAAAUGCAGCUCCAAGCGCUCCUCCAUCCCGCUGAUGGGGUUCGAGUUCGAAGUGAGGGUCUGCGACAGCUGCCACGAGUCCAUAACAGAUGAGGAGCGGGCGCCUACAGCUACUUUCCAUGACAGUAAGCACAACAUUGUUCACGUACACUUCGAUGCCACCAGGGGAUGGCUGCUGACCUCGGGGACAGACAAGGUUAUUAAGUUAUGGGAUAUGACACCAGUAGUGUCUUGAUGUUACAUCAGUGGAACUUGAAAGGUGAUAUUUACAGAAGAAACGGAUUUCCUAACCCUAAUUAUACUGCAGAAGAUAGAUAACACUGGGUGCUUACAGCAGAUGAGAAAGGAACUAAUGUGUUUACAACAACUUUAUGUCCUCUGCUUGAUCCAGGCUGAGCAUUUGCACGAAGACUCUUUCCACUUCUUCUCAAAAUAUACAAGAAGGUAUUUUUUUAACUAACGGUUUGUACGAUCUGACUUUGGUUGUCUUGAGUUUGUUUGGAAAAAUCUGUGUGCAGUGCAAUUUUUAGUUUUUAUAUUUCACCAUGUCAAGAUACUUGCUGCUUUGUACAGAGGGUUCUUGGGUUGUAUCUUCCUCUGUGAGUUUUCGGUGUCAACAGACUGUGUAAGGCAAUCGGCUCUCCCUGCAGCCAGUACCUGUUGGUGUGGGAUAUUUCUGCUGACCAUGCUCUCUUCAGAGGAGGAAAUCCAGGCACGAUCUCUGGGUGCAUCACUGAGGAGCUGAUGGACUGUUGCAAAUGCUAAAAGGGCUCUACCAUCUACUUGUCCUAGUGGGCGUCAUCCAGAGGGCAUUCAUUGUCUGCAAAAUCAUCCCGCCUCUUCCUUUGCCGCACAAGUCGUAGAACCAGGGGUCAGGUUAUUCAGCAACCGAUUUCUACAGAAAACUGAAAUAGUUUUCCAGCUCAGAGCAUUACAGGAGCACACAGACUUAUUUGAGUUUGAUGAUGAUGACAGUCUGAUUCAUAUUAUUGGCAACAGGAACUUUUGGGAGUGUGUGCAUGGAGGGGGGCAGAUCUAAAACUGGUCUAGAUCUGAAAAGUCUGGUUUAUCUCUACCUCUACCUCUACCUUGCACAGCAACAUUUCAGCAUUUAUACCUGUCUGUGUUGUUGAAGAUGAAUUUUGUUUUUCCUGUCUUCCAUAUGGUUAGUCAUAUUUAUUUUUCAAAAUCCUGAUGGUUUUUAUUAAUUUUCUCUAUAGACCCAAAUUGAUAUUGCUGAAUGAUGCCCAUUGUCCUGUUGUCAUACUUUACAGUUUCUCUUGAAAAUAAACAGUAUUUAAAAACCUGGGUUGACCCAAAUGAUAUUGUCAAGGUGAAUAAACUAAAAAAGCCCUUUUUUCCAAAGGGACCUUCUCUGAGGAGCCAACUCUCCGUUCCUUAUAUCCAUGUUACUUUUUAGCGUGGUAUUACUCACGCAUUUCAAAGAAGCUGGUGUAGAGAACAGAACUGCUGUCCAGACCAAAAGCUUUCCUGCAUCUCCUGUUUCAGCAGGCCUUGUGGUUGUAGCAGCUGAGACACAACACAUUGGUAGUGGUCAGUCUUGCCCUGUUUUGGACUUACCUUCUUGCCUCUGUGGUGGGGAGGCCAUGACAUUUGCCGCUACAGAGCACAUUGCUACCUGGAGAAACCUUGUGUUCUCUCUUGAGAGAGAAUUCUAAGAGAAAAUAAAGUUUCUCCUUUGUUUGCCCAGCAGCAAUUCACUUCUGAGGGGAAAACAAAUGGUUAAUUCAGUCCAUGGCAUUAAUUCUGCUCCAGUGAGCUGCUGCAGUGAACGGUGAGUGGACUUCUGUGUGCACAUCACAGGACUGCUGUCUAUUUUCAGGGAAAAUUCUCUUUUUAAACAUCCUAUAACUUGUGAUGAAGCAUUUUGCAGUCACAUUCUCUGAAAUAACACCACCUUGGAUUUCCUGGUCGUACAGCUUGUUGGUUUCCCUCUAGACAGCAUAUUUUAAAGCAUAUUUUCAAACAUAAUUCACAGACUACUAUUAUUUUUCCAGCUUGAAAGUUGUUUUCUCAGUCCUCCCACUUUCUCUCCUGGAAACUAGAUGCUUGUUUCCUCUUGGAAUGCUUUUUAUUACACCUUGUGCAUGUUUCCUGAUGACUGAAGUGUUCUUGGCUGUCAAAGCUAUGCAAGAUGAGCAAGUGGCCUGCCGUAUUUCAUUCCAGCUGGAGAAUAUGUACAAAGCUUUGCUGGACUGUGGUGUUCCAUGUUCCUUUGGGCUCAGGGCCUUUUGGCCAAAGAUGUGACUUGUGCUGUGCAGGGAGUGCAUCUCCUGGUGACAGAAAAACAGGCAUACUGAAGUGAAUUUAAAAUUGCUGUUUAGUGCCCAGUUGAUGAGACAGCAGUGGCACCAAGUCUGGGACUCCAGCAUGAAUUGUGCUCACCCUGAUGGAGCAGUGGAGUCACCAAGCUGAGGAUCUGCCCCUGGUCAGUGCCUACUCCUGAACAUGUAAUGUGCAAGCAAAGGUGAAGAACUGAUUCCAAAGGAGACUACAUUUCAGAAUGACUUGGACUGUUCUGCAAUAAACUCGUGGCCACUCCCCCAGUCUUCCGAGGAGUCAUGGUUUCAGAGUUGCUUAUGUCUGCAUGUGGGGUAUGCAAAACCAUUUUGCAGAAUUUUUCUGGCUGUUCUUUCUGACUGAAUGACCUGCAGGGUUAUCUGGAUUUAAGCUAAACAUCUCCUUAUCUUGCAGUCUCAGGACAAACUAUUCUGGGUUUAGAAAAUUACAUAAGCUGCAAGUAAAGUUGAGGGGGGAAGGAAAAUUUGUCCCUUUGCUGGCCCUUAAGAGCUGUACUGUAGAGAUAUGAAGGGAAAACAGAUGUAUCCAAUUCAAUAAUUCUUUUACUUUCCAAAUGAAACAAGAAGGAUUUGACACUGGGAGAGUUAAAAUGCCUGCCUUCUUCUGCUGUGUUAUAGAGUAGCAAUCUCAGUUUCUUCUGUCUGCUAGAUCCAUAUGAAAAGGGAUGUCUGUUACCUGGUCCUUUUUUUUUCCAUUUUACUUGCUGAAUAACAAUUCUGAGCUAUUUUUAUGAAUUGCAUUAUUGAAGGAUGGGAGGAGGGUGUGUUUUGAUACAGGUGUAAACAAUGCAGUGCCAUAUACCCACAAACACUCUCAGAUAAAGCCAAGCCCCUUUUCCCUGAGGCUGCUGAUGGGGAGUAGUUUUUAGUGCCCCCUCAUGCUAUGACAAGGGGCACCCAGACAUUGCUGGCCUCCCUCUGCUCUACACAUCAGAAAAGGUGAUUUUCAUUUCUCCCUUAGCUGGUGCUUCCUUGUGGGAAGAGCACAAGAGCAGAGCAUCUGCGUGCCUAUUCUCGGCUUUAAAAUGAUUAGUGUCUGUAGGGCUUAGGCAGGUGAUGGGGCAGGCUCUGGUCACGUACACAGUGCCUGAGCAGCUUGCCAGAGUCACUUGUGUCCCAGGUGGGGAAAUCUGAGCACCAAACUUCAGUCUUUUUAAGCUGAAAAUAUUUAAGUGAAGGGAAAAGAAUGUGGGCAUUUGCUUGCAAUGUAGCAUUGAUGGUCCUCCCAUCUACCAGAAGACUUAACAUCAUGGUUAGAUGUUGAAACAGUGAUAUGGCUAAAAUCAGCCAGUCUGACAGGGGAUGAUCCUGAACAGUGACAGAGGUGUGCUUAGCUCUGAGCACCCUUGUCUGCAGCUGCUUUUUGCUGCCAAGACCAGGUGACCUCCGCACUUUGGCCUCCUUGAGGCCAUCACCUGCGUGUCAGCAUGUGGGCUCUUACCCACCUCUGUAGUGGGUACUGCACUUCUCCUGAGAGCGUGGCAUGAGCAUCUUCAGUCCUGGGAAAGGGAGGGAUGUGUUCCUCUGAGUGGGGUUGGUUCCUGAUAAGAAGGUGGAUGGCUGGAUGUGCAAAAAGGAUGAUCCAGCACAACUGUAGGGGAAAAAAAUUUGCCUUAUGCCUGCUGAGGAAAUAAUUGUUAGAAAGGAAUAUUCGAGAGUUUUGGGGUUUUUUCUUGUCUGGUUCUGUGCUUCCCAGUACAAGAGAGAAAUGAACCUACUGGAUGGAGUCCAGCAAAGGGCCACUGAGAUGGUGAAAGGUACUGGAAUAUAUCUGUGAGAGCUGGACUGUUCAUCUUGGAGAAAAGAGAGCUUGGAGGGAUCUCAUCAGUGUGUAUAAAUGCCUGAAGGGAGGGUGCAAAGAGAAUGCGCUGGUGUCCAGUGACAGGGCCAGAGGCAAUGGGUACAAACUGAAACCAAAGAUUUCCUCUGAAUGUCAGGAAACAAUUUUUACUGUGAGGGUGUUUGAGCAGGGGCACAAGACUGGCCAUGCAGGUAAUUUGUGGGUUCUCCAUUCUUGGAGGUAUUCAAAACCCAACUGGACAUGACCCUGGGCAGCCGCCUCUAAGUGACCCUGCUUGAGCAGGACCAGAUAACCUUUGAAGGUUCUUUCCCACCUCAGCCAUUCUUUGGUUUGAGGUCCACUUAAUGCCUCUGUCUACUCUAUUGCUUAGAGAAAGAAAAAAAUAAGUAUCUUUCCUUAAAUCUAAAUUACUAACAAUUCAGUUACUAACAAAUUAGCAAAUAUUAGCUACAUCUGUCCUCGCUGUUCAAAACAGGAUGUGUGUACCAGUGACCAAAGUUCUCUUUUGUAGCACACAGGAAAUAGGGCUACAAUGUGUGGUUUUAUAGGCCAUGUCCUUUCCAGGAGACCACACUGAGCACCUGGGAUGUUUUCAGUUAGGACUUAGAAGACUUUUUUCUAUGUGUGGCAAUAGUAUGCAACAGUAACUACAAACUUGAUCCUUUUUACAGGAUGCAUUGAUGUGCUGAGUCCCUUCUGUGAUGACUUUUUAUGUAAUAUUGAGGAAGACAGAGGUUUUUUCUCUUCAAAACUGCAUCUUGUGAAUGUUGGCAGGAAGUCUUUGCUCCUCAGAAGAAAAAAUGUCAUCCCGAGUUUGCCAGUAACCUGAAGUUCUGGAAUUUGAGAUGAACUUUGUGUGAUCAAAUGACUUUUCAUUGCAUUUUCCCAGUUUGGGGAUUUUCCUUUCUGACCAGUCUUUGGCCAUCUCUGAAAUUUUGUUUGCUGCAGGACACACUGUACUGCUUAGAAGAGAAAGAAAUUGAGUUCAGUUGAAACUGCUGCCAAGUAGGGACAUUGAACUCAAACCAAAAUGAAAACAAGACAGCACAGUGCUGGCAAAGUCUGUGCAGAGAGGGGAUACCAAGAAGGAAUGUUAUCAGCAUACAAACAAAACCUAAAAAAACCAAACCAAAACAAAAAUCACCUACACUGUAGAAAUGUUCAUCAGAACUGCAUAAAGCCAAACCAUCCCCCCCAUCCCAGUACUGUAAGCCAGCCAGCAGCCAUGGUCCAGAUACAGAAGCUACAAGGAACAUAGAGUUGUUCCAGUCUGUGAGGAUUUCCAUUUCUUGUUCUUUGGUUCAAUUGCCAAAUAAUAUUUACCUACCUCAAGUAGUUUUUUUCAGAACUGCAUUAAAUGCAUAAGCACUUGGACAUUAAGAGGGUGGGGAAGAGACACAUGACUGCUGAGAUGGUGCAGAAGAGGUAUCAGGCCUUAUGAAGAUAGUUUUGCCUCUCUCCAAUUAUUUGUUCUUGAGACAAUAAAUAGUCUGAAUUUAUUAAAGUGUUUAUCACCUUUACACUUACGUUUUGUAACAGGUCAGGGCUUCCUUCAGAUGUGAAAGACCCAUUGCAAACACCCCUAUUUUGUCCUGUCCCAAGAAAAUUCUGUGGGGUUGCCAUGGCCAAGUAAUUAAGAAAUUUUCACAAAUAGAUAAGUACACAAACUUCCUUGCUACAUCUUUGUCAUUAGCAUUAGCAGUAGCUGUGGUUUAGCUUUCCAAAGGCUGAGCCUUGUUUCUGACUGUUUAGUGUGUUAAGUUUGUCAUACAGACCAAUAUCUUGUGGGCUUUGCUAAUCCCUUUGCUAAUUGUGGGCUAAUCUUUUUGAUUAGAGGGAUUUUAUAUGAAAAAAAGACAUGGCUUUGUUCAGGUUAGUGUUUUGCAGGAAUGCUGCUCAACAAUUUGACCAUCUUUUUCUACCUACUACACUGUAACACUUUCCAGUACUGUUCCAUUAUGUAAAUAAGUGUUUCUGAUGUAGCUGAAUAAAUUGUGGUAUCUUAACCCCAGUAAAUUAAUUGCUAUCA